UUAUAAAGAGAGCAAGCCGUAGAUAAUCUUACCGAUUCGGUGAAGGAGGCUUGAAGGGGUUAAAGUGGAAGGCUUGUACAAACUUUGCUCUCUUAUCUCCUCCCUCCCUCUGGGGCUUCACUCUGGCUCAGGCAGAGCUGAGCUGAGUGGAAUCGCUACCUUUCCUGCAUUCGCUCAACUGUUGCCAGCAAAGGAGGAACCAGGGACUUAACUAAUUCAGGCUGCUUCCAUUCAAAUGUUCCAAAAGGGCAUCUACACAGCCAGAGACCUCGCAGUGCUCUUUGCAGCUUAGAAGAGGCAUCAGAAACUGCAUUCUGGAGCCAUACUCCAGAGAUGCUCUGAACAAGUUGUCUGCCGGUGCAAGCUUCAAAGGGGAUAUUUAAAUCGCCAACCGUACUCGUUCUGUGACUCAGGAAAGGAAAAUUAAUCUGUUGAAGAUUCCUAACAGUCGAAUUCUCUGAGCCCUGGCCAGUUGUCAGCAUCUCUGAGACCUCCUCCUCCUCCUCCUAAGUAUCAGAGGGUGUGACAACACCUUCCCUGCUGGAUGGCCACAAAGCUGUAGAAGGCUCAUUUCCUGUAUUCUUAUAUCCUUCAAGCUGGGAGUGUGGCAGGAACGUUACAGUCUCAGACCUUAGGAAAGACUGACAAAUUCAGGCAUAACAGGGGAAAACUCAGUUAAAAUGCACCAGAGACAUCCAAAACCUUUAGCAAACAGUCUCCCAGAAGAACCCAAUUAAACCUCCACCAUUAGUCUGCAGAUCUAGGUGAGCUUUAGAUAAAAAGGAGCCUUUUAUCCUUUUAGAAAAUAAAAAGCAAAAUGAAGAUUCUUAUCUCCAUACCAGUAUUAUAAAGUAGUUUUACCAUAUUUAUUUUCCCCAGUGUGAGAAGGGAAUAUAGAUUUAUUUAUUUAUAUAUUCAUCUAUUUACUUAGUUAAACUUACUAAGAAGUUCUGAUAAAGCAAUUAUGGAAAGGGCUGCUUGCUAAAGGGAGGGGAAGAACAACAAUUGGCAACUUAGAAGACCACGUCCUUCUUGCUUACACACUACUGAUUUUGUCCUGUAGCAGAUUGUUGGAACAAUACUUUCCCAGACAAGCUAAGGGACUGUGGAAUGCCUCGAGGGCAAUAGAAAUCAAAUAGAAGCAAAUAUCAAGUCUUGAGUGAUGACGGAGGUACAUUUUAAGUAUCAUGGAAAUCUCACGGGACGGGCUCAUUUUCCCACUCUGGCAACAGAGGUUGACACCACUGCAGACAAGUAUUCCAACCUGUACAUGUAUGUAGGAUUAUUCCUGAGUCUCCUGGCCAUUCUUCUCAUCCUGCUCUUCACCAUGCUUCUUCGGCUCAAACAUGUCAUCUCACCCAUCACUGAGAGCACCGAAAGUGUUCCUCAGUUCACAGAUGUAGAGAUGCAAAGCCGAAUUCCCACUCCUUAAAGUCGGGAUGAUGGUGAGACUCGGCAAAUAUGAGCAGACCCUGGCAUGCUGACACCUAGGGAGGCUUCCUUUCUCACAUGAGACUUCCCACAUAACAACAAGCUGCUUGUGUUUGAUGCUGUCAUCCUGCCUCUUCACUGUGCUUAUGAGACCUCUAAGAGGCUUAAGAGUCAUUCUUUUAACAGAAUAUGGGAAAUUGCAGCUGGCUGGGCUGGCAGGUUUCCAUAGUAACCAAAAAGAGCCUGGGCCUUGAACAAACCUCAGACCACAGAAAUUCAUAAACAGCAGUCGUUAAAACACGAGAUUCCCUGAAAGCUGCAAGAGUGAACAAGACUUUACCUUUGAAUGUGUGAGGACCCCUCCCCCAGAAAAAUGACAGGCUUUAAUCUAUUACCUUAGCCCUAAAGAAUUGCUUCCCACAUAACACAGACAUCUCCUGACAUGGAGCUAAAUCACGUCACAGGUGACUGGUAAGGAUUGUUCAUCUUUCCUCAAAAGAGCAUCGGGUUUCUUCAAAACAAAAGAGGAUAUUUAAAGAACCUAUUACAAUUUAAAGAGAAAAUUUGCAGACAAUGUCUAGUGAACAAAUGUGUAUAUUGUAUCUGUGUUGUUACUGUGACUGAGUGUGUAAAAACUCAGAAGACGGCAGAUGUAUUACUACAUUCUAAGACAAGGAGCUGCCUCCAAAUCAAGGAAAAAUUAAGUCAAACUGUUCUCAUGAUAAGGAUUUCUACUUUACACAUGCAGUUUCCUUAUUGCCCUCCCACGAUUGAGUUGCAUAUGAAUAUGAACUUGAUUUGAAGGCGGACUUGGCAAAGAAGACCCAAAUGUAUUUCAAAGCAGAAAUGAAGUGGUCUUGGGAUCUGUUACUGGAUGACUGUGACUUUGACCGAAGCCUGCCAGCUUUCUGGGUCUCACGUUUUUCUUGCUGAAAACUGUUCAGAGAGCUAUUUCCUCAUCAGUUUUUAGAUAUGAGCAUAAGACAAACUGAGAUGAAGGGAGAUAGGACUAAAAGUUACCCUGCAACAGAUUCUUUAUAAGAUCAAUGUCUUCAAAUAUUACAUCUGUCUUUCCCAGAAAAUGUUCCUCCCUUCCCCAUCCCUGCCAAACAAAAAAAAACUGAAGUGUUCCACUUAUUAUCUAUAAGAGAAAUAUAUUUUGAAAAUUUCCAUUCUCGUGAGUAGCUCUAGUGUGCCAGUAAUGGAUAAUUUAAUUAAAAAAACUUGACUUUCCAAAAUAAAACCAAAGGAGAUGAGUGACGUUUACAAAUUAGAAAUUGCAAAAUUGGUUAUAGUUUUGCCACCAAAGACAUGGUAUACCUGUCUUAGAUUUUACCUGCACACACACACACAUGCUCACACACACACACACACACACACACACACAUGCUCACACACACACACACACGCACACAUGCACACACACACACACACACACACACACACACACACACGAAUGAGCUGUCCCUUGUAAUUAAAGCGUGGUCAUCAAAUUUCAUGGAAUUCCCUUAGGGACCAAGCUGCUGAUAUAAAAAUGGAAUGGAUGCGAAACAUGGCACCUGUGCCAGGCAUGUAUCAUUUUAGUGUGCAACCAGUUUAGGUUGGUCCCUUUACUGUGAUCUAAAUCUAGCAUGGUGGUGAAAUUCCCAAGUGCAUUCUACUUUUAUCCACAGUCAUUUGCCAAUGCUCGCCUCUCCAAGGGGCUGCACAGUGUAAAAUCCCCACAUGAAGAACUAAACUUAGCAGCUAGGCUGCCUGCCACACCUGUUACAACUGUGCACCGUCAGAGAGAGCAGCUGCAUUCUGCAUGAUUCAUAAGAAAUUAGCAGGUAGGCUAAGACUUGGAUAGGACUUUGAGAUUUAUAUUUUCCAAAAUGCAAAGUCACUCUUACAGGAAUACAUAUUGGUUGGUUAAGUUGUGUCUAUAUCUGGUACUCAGACUCCAUGGACUUUUAAAAUGUUUUACUUUUAACCUUGCAUUGGCUGGCAAUAUAGCCAAGAACUUAAGGGCACGGGUUACCUCCUCCCCCCAUUCCAGUUUCUCCUUUUUGUGCUCACAGUAUUCAAAUGCACUUUACAGUAGAGAAGUCAGUGGCUGGAAAAUAGUAAAUCUAGUUACACAUCCAACAACAGUGCACAGCAAGCUCCACACUGUCUUGCAGAACCCGAUAAAGAUGCAGUCUGCAUUAGCGCACCACCCCAGCCUAAACUUCAGAAUAUUAAAAUUGCUUUGGAAGUACUACGCUAGGGGAUGAUUCCUAAUUUAUGAUCACGUUGCUCACCAAGCAAACAACCACCCUCUUUCAUCACAACAACCCCUAUGGGAUCCAGAUCUUAACUUAGCAGUAAUCAAGCACACAGCAGAGAUUACACCAAAAUAGUAAUGUAAUUCACCCCAGUUUCACGUGAUAUGAUAUGAAUGGAAAUGCAUUUAAGCAGAUGUGUCAUCGUGGUAACUCACAAGGUAUUUGAUCUUUAGGAAAAUACACGGAAUGCUUUUAUGACAGCAAAGAAAAGAACAUCUAUCUCUAUUUCUAUUCAAGUAUGAUGUAUCCUCAAAUGUAUUAAUUAGCAUAUUACCACUUUAAAAGUCAGCUUAUAAUAAUCAGUGGGCACAAUUCAAAUUUAUUUUUCUGUGCAAAAUAGAGACUUGACAAUUCUCUGCCCCAUUCUAUUCUCCCUCAAAUGGCAUACUUUCUGAGAUAUGAACCGUUAGGUCAUUUACAUGUACAGUACUCUAUUUUUUAAAAAAACACUUUAUUGGGCCAUAUGUAUAUUAAAAAUGCUCAUAUGUCAACAAUUUCCAGCAAUUUAGCCUGAUACAAACACCACCUGAAUUCUCCAAAUAAAAUACAAUAUUAAUACGGGUUCUACUAAUGAUGUACAUUGCAUAUAUUUCAGGGUCAUUAAUCAUAUGAAACAAGGCAUAUUGCAAAGGGUUAUGGAUUAUAUAUUGAGCAACAAAUUCUAAUGUUAAGCAAGUAAAGAUGGGUUUAUCCAGUCUCACCUCUCCAUCCUUGCCAAAUUCAAAAUUCUGGACUUCAGUAACUAAUUUUGAAUGUGCAGAUCCCACAAUAUUUAUUAAAUAGGUAGAAGGGGUCCAUUUAAUACAUUUAAAAGUUAUAUUAAGUAAUACAUUUUAUUCAACCACAUUUGUACAGGGUAACUGUGGGGUUUUUUGUUUUUGCAAAAAUGAAAGUUGUGUGGGAAAAUUGGAAAUUCUUUGGUUUUAACAUGAUUUUACUUGAAUUAGAUUCACAUUGUAUUAAAACAGAAUCAGAUUUAUAUUAAUGUUCAGCAUGUUGCUUUGAUCCCUGUAUAAUAAGCGCUGACGCUUUUGUUUGCUGGUAACAAAUGUCUGUCCUCUGAAGAUGUAAAUGGCACCGCAUUAGCUUCUUUAUUGCAAUAUAAAUUAUAAUAACUGUGACAUA